GGCAAAUACUUCAUCGUGCAGGACUACAACGACGCGGACGAUGUCCUCCAAACUCACAAGGAAAUCUCUGCCCCGAACUUUCGACAAGCGCUGUCAUCCCAGCCAGUGUUUGCGUCAGGCCAGCCAACACUGAAAGGUUUCAACAAGAUUCUUGAUCGGAUUUUCUCUGAGGGUUACUCGGAUGUGAUUGUCUUGAACCUGCGCAGUGAGCCAGUUCUCUUCCAGCGAGUUGAUGAUGACUGCGUCCCAUAUUCAGUCCGCCACAAACAACACAUACACAACAUGGUUGUCAUGGGAGACAACAAAGAUAACUGUGACCACAUCGAGGCUUGCAUCAGAAAGGAGAUUGUGUCUCUUGCCAGUAUAAAGGAAGAAUUUGUGUUCUACUUCUACGACAACCUACAAAAGUUGCAGUACGAACCACACGUCAGAAAAGUUGAAUUUGAAGAAGAUAUUUUACUGUCUGCUGAAAUCUACGCUAGACAAGCAUUCUCCAAUCAGGCGCUCAGAUAUGACAGAAUUUGUCUUCCAGAAAACGGAAUACCCACGGAAGAAAUGGUCGAUCAGUUUCUGUCUCACUUUAAAGAAUCCCCUCUUUACCUUGACCCCAGCAGCAAGAAGUUUCCAGCGGUUUACCUUGUUUCUCACUCUGGAGGUCAAAGGUCAACAAUAUUCAUGGUGAUGACAUGCCUGUUAUAUGGCCAUGUCAAUGGAACUUUGGAACAAGAAUGCGCUUAUGAAAUAGACAAACAGAAUCCAAAUUACGCUGAAGGAGAGUACUUUGCUGUGCAAAAGCUGGUGGCCCAUAUGAAGAAUGGAACCCUCAUAAAACACCAGGUUGAUACAGUCAUCAACCAUUGCUCAGAGGUCAUCAACUUGAGAAAAUGUAUAGCCGACCACAAGAAGCGGCUGGAGGCAUUGACUGCAAGCAGCGUUGGCAAUUGCGUUAGUGCAUUGGAAACAUAUUGCUUCUUGCUUUCAUUCAAUGCAUAUCUUCAAGAUCAGAUGCCAAACAACCUGAACUGGACAUAUAACAAAUGGCUCCAUCAGAAUCCAGAAGUCAUUCGUUUAUGCAGUCAACUGGACUUUUCAGAGAUGUAUGCACCCCCAUCUUUGUUGUCAACCCAACAGAGAGUUUUGGUCUCUGAUGAAUACAUCGGACUGGAUGUGUUAAGCUCCCAAAUGGAAGUCAAAGUCUCCAACUUUCGCCGACUCAUGGGACUUCCUAUCUAUGGCAUGGCCCAGCCAACAAGAAAUGGCUUAUCUAAAGUUGUCAAUCAACUGCUACAACACAAACAAGGCUACAUAAAUGUAAUAGUCAUUAACCUCAGAUCGGACUAUGUGCUGGAGUGUGACGAUGUGACCUACUCAGUGAGGGAUGCUUCAUUUCUUGCAGAACCAAUUUACUCUCCGGCCUCUUCAGGGAAAGAAAUGGAGGUAAAAAUUGCUAGAGUGUACAAUGAAAUAACCGACCCCGCAGUGGACAAAGAACUGGUCAGUGUGUUCACUCCUGAAGAACUCUACGAUCAGCAGAGACUGUCCACUUUAGAUCUCCACUACACAAGGCUUCCAUUACAGUACGACCACGGACUUCAUGAACAAGAGUUUGAUGCAAUUCAAAGUCUUAUUCUGGACUACAUGAAGGAAACGGGAUCUUGGACAGAAAACUCCCAUGCUUUUGUUUUCCACUGCCGAACUGGCAAGUCACGCACGUCCUUGACAAUGGCUGUGGCUGGUCUGCUCUUCUAUCACAUGACAGGUUUUCCUUAUGGUGCCAAUCCAGAUGAACAAGAAAGAGUUAGCUGCCCUAAUGCUGGGUAUACCAAAGGAGAAUUUCUGGUUGUAGAAAAAUUAGUUUGGAUGCUGCCAGAAGGUCACCAAGUUAAAAGAGAAGUAGAUCUUGUUUUAGAUCGUCUUUUCGAGACCAUGUCACCUAUGCAUUUCCAUCUGCGAGAGGUCAUUUUUGUUACAUUCAACAAGAGCAAAUCAAGAACAGGGGAAGAGCAAAAGUCACUGCACAGACUGAGUUAUGAUUUUCUGGAGAGAUAUCUCUACCUCAUCUUGUAUAAUGCGUAUUUACACCUGGAGAAAAAUGGACAAUUUCAGCGAUCUUUCUCCAAAUGGAUGAAAGAGGUGGCAGCUCCUGCUGGCGUAUAUGAACUUCUGGAUAACCUUGGUUUCUUCACCUUAGAGAGUGCUCCAUCUGAAUACAGCAGAAUCAAAAACCGACUCUUGGAUCGUCAUCACAAGUUGCCUUUCACUGGAUUUUUUGCAUAG